CGAGUUAAAGGUAGCAACGACCAACCAUGCGCACAGCAGUGUGAUCUUGAGCGCAUCCACCCCGGAGAAAGUAGCAUCAACGGACGCCCGUAAAUUGUUUUUACAAACAGCGAAUCCGCCACGGAUACCUGACUUGGAUGAUCCACAUUUCCGCCGCGUACUUCUGCGUAAGCUUUGAUCAAACGUGGUAGCCGUAAAGAAAAUGAAACUGGUAUGGUUCGUAGUUUUUGUGGGUCUUGCUGCUUCGGUAGUGCAAGGCACCGAGAAUGAAAGUGAUCAGUAUUCGAAUUCCACAAGAAUUGUCAACAGAAGAAAACGGUACCUGAUUUUCCGAGAUAUUUCCAGAGGAUUUGCUCGUGUGAACGUUAAAGACAGAAUGAUUGACUCGACAAACAUUUGGGCGCAAGGUGCUGGAUUUCGUUGGAAUAUCGAGUAUAACAAUCCUCCAGGCCUUAAAAUCACCAAAAGAGACAUCCAUAAAACUCUCGGAGAGAUGAUUCAAAUUCAUGAUUUUGAUGGACGAGCUUGUAUUUUACGAACCAUUUGCGAAUUGUCCAACAACAUGACACCCAACAGUGGAAUCAUUUUCAAACUGUUCAAAAGGAUUUUCUCACCCCCACCAGCAACUGAUGAUACUUCCAACGGUUCCAGCAGUUUACCUCAGGGUGAUGAAAUCUACUUCCCGUACCUCACGUCGAAUGACUGCGCAGAGCUAGACCGGCACUGUCCAAUAUCCCAGCUAGAGAUACUAGACACGGACAACGCCGUGUAAAUCCUCGAAGCGAAAAUCAAGUGAUUCUUGUUUGCACUACUUGGCGUCGAGUUCCGGUUCUUCAGCGUUCAGCAGUAUCAUUUAUCAAUUUACUCUAUUUGCUCCGGCAAAACCCUCUGACGAAGAUAUAAAAUAUCACUUUCCCACAUCGCUUGCGAUAGCACCAUUAGUUAACAGCAGGCACGCCGAUGCGAUGGGAUAGGAGAACAACUCAUUGUAGGGAGUGGUUCAACAGCUUGUCGAUAGCACCGAAACGGAAACAGGUGAAUGAUGAUCCGUCUUCCGAAGCUUCGUUCCAUCGCAGGAUGAGAGCUUCCGUUCAGUAUCGAUAAUGUUGUGUCUCAUCGUUUUACUAGAUUUAUACUGUCCAUUGUAAUGAUAAGAUGCGUUUAUGUAUAUAUUUUCUUAAAUACAGUUUAAGUUUUUGUUGAGUUUUACUUCAUGUAAUUACAACAUUGAACCAUCUAUGUGUGGUUCUGAAAAUGGAAAGAAUUCUGAGGGGUAUAUUCAUUGCAGUAAUUUCUAUAUUUUUUUCAUUUCCUUUUGACUUCAU